UUAUUUACAUUUCGUUUAGUUUCGUAGUUUUCACGGUUUUACCUAUUUUUUGCAUCUAAGGGAUUUUAUAAUUUAUGGGAAAAUCAUAAUUAUUAUUCAUCGAAAUGCAUACACAAUACAAAAAAUGUUUUAUAACAGUAGGUACUACACGUUUCGACCUACUAUGCCAAAGUAUUCAGCAACCUGCAGUGCUUCGCGCUUUGAAUAAGCUUGGAUAUAGAGAAAUAACUUUUCAAAUAGGCAACAGUGAUUGUGAGCCAGGCCACUAUGAGAAGGAAGGUGUUAAAAUUGAGAUGUACCGGUUCAAAGAUUCUUUGAAAGAAGACAUGAGAAGUGCUGAUUUAGUAAUUAGUCACGCUGGUGCAGGCAGUUGUUUAGAGGCUUUGGGUGAAAACAAACCUUUACUUGUCGUUAUUAACGAGGAUUUAAUGGAUAACCAUCAAAUGGAACUAGCAGAACAGUUGCACAUGUCAGGGAAUCUCUAUUAUUGCACUUGCGAUACAUUGAACACAUUGGAAACUGUGGAUUUUAGUUGGUUGUCACCUCUGGCCAAACCUACGCCGAAUAAUUUUGUUAAAUAUCUAGAUAGUGUAUUUACUGUUAAAAAUCUAUCCAAAUAAAUGCAAAUUUCAUGUUUAGUAGCUUAAAAUUA